AAAGCUUCGUAGUCACUACACGAAACACACUUGCAUUUGCACAGUUAUCUCUCAAUCGCCACGCGCGCUCACCGUCAGCUUUCUGCGGUCGCACGUAUGUACUACGCGCUGGAUAUAUACGUGUGUACAAGUGCAGGUUGCUCGGUUGUUUUGUGUAGUGUAGAUGUGUGAAAGUUAAAACCAGCCGGGUCACUUCGCUUCCUGUGGCAGCACAGCUAGCGCGUGGCCAUGGACGACCACCAGAGCAAGGUGCAGCGGCUGUACGACGCGUGCGACGCCGUCUUCUCGUCGGGGAGUAAAGCAGGGUUGCCGACGCUCAAGCAGAUCAGGUGGCUGCAAGACCUGCUCGAUGGCAUGGAGGCGGCGGACGUCGGGAUCGAAGGCGGCGGCAGCGGCGGCGAGAGGUCGUCGUCCUCGGAGGACGACGACGAGAGGAGCCCGCCGGGGCGGCGGUUUCUCUCGGCGCGGGCGUUCACCCGGAUCACCUACGUGCACAUCCACGAGUGCGACGAUUUCUCGAUCGGCGUGUUCUGCUUCCCGGCCGGCGCGACGCUGCCGCUGCACGACCACCCGCAAAUGGUGGUGCUGAGCAAGCUUCUCUACGGCUCGAUGCGGGUCAAGUCGUACGACUGGGCGAACGCGCCCCCGUGCUCGGGCCCAAGGAAGAGUGGUUUAGCCCGAGUGGUCGCCGUCGACGAGAUGCGGGAGGCGCCGUGCAAGGCGUCGGUCCUGUUCCCGCGGAGCGGCGGCAACAUCCACUCCCUCACCGCCGUCACGCCGUGCGCGCUCCUCGACGUGCUAGCGCCGCCCUACGCCGAGGACCUCGGCCGGCCGUCCACCUACUUCUCCGACAUUCCCAUCCCCUCUCUCCCUGGUUUUGCAGUACUGGAAGAGGCAGACUUGCCUGACGGUUUCCGUGUUGCAGGGGCCCCAUAUGUAGGCCCCGAGCUCACAAUAGACAUGGACAGCAUGUAUAAUUAGAUAGCUGAUCUCUGCUUUUCCAGAGUAUCAGAUCAGAUAGCUCUCACUGCUUUUCUUAAAGUAGCAUUUGCAUGGACAAUACAUUGCACCUCGCCAUCUUGUAUAUACGAUUAUGCAUGUGUGUUGUCGGUUUGUCUUUCUACCAUGCUUAUUUACCAGUUGGUGUUGGAAUGCUUUUUUGACA